GUCCGAGAAGGCACCAGUCCCGGUCCACCGUCCGCCAUGUACAAGGUAACCGUCGCCCUCCUCGCCACCCUGGCGGUGGCCGCCGCCCUGCACAUCCCCAACGUGCGCACCGGCGCCACCGACAACGCCCACAUCAGUAAGUACGCUACGCAGGAUGGGAGCGAGCCCGCGGCGGCUGGCCAGAGCCACGGAUUUAAUGUCGCUGUGCUUGCAGGCGGGCAGGAUGUCGCGCAGAGGCAGAAGCUGGUGCUGCAGCUGCUGAGGAACGUCGGCCAGAAGAACAUGUACCCCGAGCUGCUGGCCCUUGGCAAGAGCUGGAACCCCGAACAGAUGAUCGACCGCUACGCCAACCAGUGGGCCGUCAAGAACUUCGUGUCCAUGUGGAAGCAGGGUACUCUUCCCCGCGGCGAGAUCUUCCACGUGUACAACGACUCCCACCUGAAGGAGGUGGUCGCUCUGUUCGACAUGCUGUACUUCGCCAAGGACUUUGACACCUUCAUCAAGACCGCCGCCUGGGCCCGCGACAACGUCAACGAGAGCCAGUUCGCCUACGCCUUCUCCGUGGCCGUCGUGCACCGCGACGACUGCGCCGGUCUGGUGCUCCCUCCCCUGUACGAGGUCGCCCCCCAGCUGUACCUCCACUCCGGUGACAUCAUGGACUUCGUCAGCGCCAAGAUGCAGGGCCAGAUCAACUACGUCAAGAUGACCAACUGGACCGCCGGCUACGAGAUCGCCAACCCCGAGCAGCUCCUGGGCUACUUCACCGAGGACGUCGGCGUCAACGCCUACCACGCCUACGCUCACCUGUACAUGCCCUUCUGGCUCAACUGCGAGAAGUACAGCAUCACCACCUGCCAGAUCCGCGGCGAGUCCUUCUACUACUACUACCAGCAGAUCCUCGCCCGCUACAACCUGCAGCGCAUGGCCAACUACCUGCCCGAGCUCGAGGACUUCGACUGGGAGGAGACCAUCAAGACCGGCUACAACCCCGACCUGCUCUACCCCAACGGCGCCCACUUCCCCGUCCGCGCCGACCAGCAGGACGUCUCCAGCAUCCAGUCUUACUCCGUCCAGGACAUCAAGGCCAUCGAGCAGAGGAUCAAGGACGCCAUCGACUCCGGCUUCGUGCUCGGCAAGGACGGCAACAAGAUCCCCAUCACUCAGUACGUCAAGGGCAUCAACAUCCUCGGCAACAUCAUCGAGGGCAACCAGGACUCCGUCAACUCCCGCUACUACGGCUCCUACCAGACCAUGAUCCGCAACCUGCUCGCCCUCAUCAUGGACCCCAGCCAGGAGCACGGCGUCGCCCCCGGCGUCAUCGGCCACUACGAGACCGCCCUCCGCGACCCCGCCUUCUACAUCCUCCAGAAGUACGUGCUCGGUCUCUUCCAGCAGUACCAGAACAACCUGCCCUCCUACAAGCCCGACGACCUCAUCUUCUCCGGCGUGGCCGUCAAGGACGUCGCCGUCGACAAGCUCGUCACCUACUUCGACCUCUUCGACAUUGACGUAACCAACGCCGUCGACGUCGCCACCAUCGACGAGCUGGACAAGCUCAACUACGUCGCCAAGACCAUGCGUCUCAACCACCAGCCCUUCAGCUACAAGAUCAAGGUCGCCAGCGACAAGAAGACCAGCGCCGUCGUCCGCGUCUUCCUCGGCCCCAGCACCGAGCUCACCCACUCCAACUUCUACGGCGAGCAGGCCUCCGACGUCUACUACGGACACGACACCGCCGACCUCGACAGGCUCCGCAACUACUUCGUCGAGCUGGACCGUUUCCCCGUUGAACUGAAGAACGGCGACAACCUGAUCGAGCGCAACUCCCGCGAGUUCACCUCCACCGUCGGCGACAACGUCUCCUUCAAGUCCCUGCUCAAGAGCGCCGAGAGCGGCAACACCGUCCUCAGCACCGUCGACCAGCAGUGCGGAUUCCCCGACCGCCUCGUCCUGCCCAUGGGCCACAAGGCCGGCAUCCCCUACUCCCUCUUCGUCAUGGUCACCCCCCACGGCGCCGACGAGCACGACCACGCCGACUACUACCACUCCGAGAAGGUCAACUACCAGGCCGCCGUCAAGGACAUCUACGCCUGCAACGGACUCAUGACCGUCGUCGACAACCGCCCCCUCGGCUUCCCCUUCGACCGCCAGAUCGACAACUUCGGCCGCUUCUACAUGCCCAACAUGUACUUCAAGGACGUCGUCAUCUUCCACAAGGACUCCAGCGCCGACUCCGUCGUCUUCAAGAAGAACGUCAACGACUUCGACGCCGUAUACGCCCAGGCCGGCCACAAGCACGUCCCCAGCCACAGGCUCAUGGACGAGGAGAUCCUCCGCGAGGACGACGACGUGCGCGCCUUCCUGUAAGCCGUCAAGCUGAAGCCGUGCCCACACCUACGGCCUCUGUGAUCAGUCAAUAAAAAACAUCUUAUAGCUCACAA